UUUGAAAAGCACCAAGUUGGGAGUGUUAUUGUUUGAAAGAUUAGAAAGUAAUGAACAUCAUGCCAUAAUUAAAUUGCCACUAGCCCCUUCAGGGAAGUGUAACAAGCAAAAUUAGUAAAGUGCCAUUGCUGUUCGCAAUGUGUGAGGGACAGGGCGAGGCAUGGUGAGUCAUCCUCCUGUCCCUCCCCUGUACAUCCCCUUCCUGCAGCUGAGUGGGACCUCUUGUGUGUUUCUGUUCCCACGCUAGUCGGUGACCAGCGUACACAGGGAUCAGAGGAGAGGCAAGGCAAGGCACGGAGACAGAGGGGGAAAUGCAAAUUAGAAAAAUUAAGAAAUGGAUGGAGGCCAUGGCAUGGACAUGGCACCAAUGGCUAGUGCUGGUGGCGGUGAUGGUGGCCAGGGUGGCAGGAAACCCCUCAACCCAAACUGACAAUAACUACCAGGUGCUUGCAGGCCAACAGGUGUGGGAGGUGGAGGACCACGAUGCUAUGAAGGUGGUAGCAGAACUGGAGAAGGAAGGCAUGGUUGAUAUCUUGGGCCAUUCUUCAUCCACACCAAGGUUCCGCGUGCACACUGACAGCAUUGCCCAGGUUGCCGCUGCACUGACUGAAGCAGGACUCACCCAUAAACUUCUCAUCAGUGACCUGGCAAGACAUGUCGCGGAAGAACAACGCAAGGAGAGUUUGGAGUUUCUGCGAGGAAGCAAAACAGAAUCGUGCACAGAGGAGAGCUGCCCGAAGCCUCUCGCCAACACUUAUAUGUCAUUUGAACAGAUUGAGUAUUACCUGAAGGAGUUGGUAGAAAGAUCACAGAGAGUGGAGCUGGUUUCCAUCGGGAAGUCUAUCGAAGGGCGGGACAUCUGGAGAGUGCACAUCAGGCCAUAUGAAGACACUGGCGAGGACGUGAGGAGAAACGCCGUGUGGUUCGAGGCAGGAAUACACGCACGAGAGUGGAUCUCCCCCGCUACUGCAUGUCAUCUCCUUGAAUACUUAGUGGCCGACAAAUCCCUCACAAAGAAUCUGGACGUGUACAUGGUGCCCAUGGCUAAUCCUGACGGAUACGAGUUCUCCAGGACCAACGAUCGGUUUUGGCGUAAGAACAGACGAAUUAACGCUGGCUCUUCAUGCUCUGGUGUUGACCUGAACCGAAACUGGGACGAGUCUUUCGGUGUAGGUGCCUCUUCGAAUCCCUGUAGUGAGGUGUACAAGGGGACCAAGCCCUUCUCCGAGCCUGAGACAGAAGCGCUAAGUGCCGAGAUGCAGAGAGUUAACUCCGUUGACGACCUGCGCCUCAUGAUCUCCUUGCAUAGUUAUGGGCAGGUAUUGUUGUAUCCAUGGGGAUCUAGCAAUGAGAUAGCCCCAGAAACGCCUCUGAUGAAACGUGCUGGGAAAAGAUUUGCUAAUGGCGCUCAAAGACCUUAUAAAACCAAGUAUACAGUAGAAAACAUAGCAGCAGGGAUGUACUUAGCCUCAGGAACCACUGAUGACUGGGCCAAGGCAGCGCUGAAGGUUCCUUUGCCGUACACUCUGGAGCUGAGGGAUAGGGGCAGUAAUGGUUUUGAGCUGCCCGCCAACCAGAUCCUGCCCACCAGUGAGGAGGUGUGGAACGGCAUUAAAAAACUGUUCUCCUUUAUUAACAAAAAUUUUUAAUGUUCUAAUACUCCAGAGACGAUAGCUCAUUGCCUCAACGGUUUCUUUACAUAAAUAAGAUGACACACCAUUCAUUUGGUGUAUCCACUUUUAUCAAAAUAUGAUGAUUAUUUUCAUUGUCAGAAAUAAGGCUUGGUAUAAUACUUUAGAAAACCUGAUAAGAAAUAAUAUGUUGUUUUAUUACACGUCCUCCUUCACUUAAGCAGUUUUUAAGAGAAGGAUGGGUUUUCCUUUUCGUUCACGUUUGGUACGCACCCAUGCUUGGGGCAAGGGCUCGGACAGAAGAAGUGUAAGGACACAUUUCACUAGCCCAUACAUUUGGUCUUUAAAAAUAUGAUGCGAUGUGUUGAGAAGCAGGCAUCAUUCUCUCUCUCUCUCUCUCUCUCUCUCUCUCUCUCUCUCUCUCUCUCUCUCUCUCUCUCUCUCUCUCUCUCUCUCUCUCUCUCUCUCUCUCUCUCUCUCUCUCUCUCUCUCUCUCUCUCUCUCUUAUCUCCUCCUUUGACUAUUCUUUUUAAUCAGUCUGUUGAAACUGGAACUUUUCUUGCAAUGUUGAAGAUUGCUAGAAUUACUCCCAUUCAUAAAUCUGGCCCUGACAAUGAUCCCAAAAACACUACAGACCAAUUUCCCAGCCAUCAGUAUUCUCCAAAAUAUUAGAAACAUUAAUGAAGACUCAUCAAAUGCAAUACUUAGAUACCCAGAAUAUUUUCAGCGUUGCCAAAUUUGGUUUCAGACGCAAUCGCAACACUGUUCAAGCAUUAAAUAUCUUCUCUACAGAUGUUUUUACUGUUAUUGAUAAUAAAUUUUCUGUUCUAUCUAUUUUCAUCGAUUUCGCUAAAGCCUUAAAAAAAAAUAAAUAAAUAAAAAGACAUUUUUACUAAUUACUAACUAAAUCUUUCUUCCAUCUUAAUAUAUCACCAUUGUAAUUCUGAUGCAAUCUAAAUUUGAUAAAUUAAACUGUAUUGUAAUCAUUUAAGAACUGUAUUUUUGUUAUUCCUACUGAAUAUAUUAUAAAUCUAUUUUCUCAUACUUGUUAAACUUACAAACUUACCUUGGUUCAUCAUGUACACUAUAUUAUAACAAUUGUACUGUCUCCUUUAACUCUUAGGUAUAC